GUGACACGUGACAUUUCUGACUUUUACAACAAUAUAAAAUCGGGUAUUCGAAAGUUCUAAUAAACGUGUCUGCAUAUUUACGAUUAUAGACAAAUUAAUCAAAUAUGCAUUCGUUUUUGCAAAGAGGAAAUUCUAUUUUAGCCUAUGCUCUUAGUGUUUUAGCCUGUUUAACUUUUAUAUGUUUUGCUUCAACACUUUUUCUCAACUAUGUCACAGAUGCUAAAAUGAACACUGUAAAAGUGGUGGUAAAGAAUGUACCAGAUUAUAGUGCUAGCAGGGAGAAAAAUGACUUAGGAUUUCUUACCUUUGAUUUACAGACAAAUUUGACCGAUUUAUUUAACUGGAAUGUUAAACAGCUAUUCUUGUAUCUUACAGCUGAAUAUAUAACGCCGAGUAACGAAUUAAAUCAGGUUGUCCUAUGGGAUAAAAUUAUUCUUAGAGGAGAGAAUGCAGUGUUAGAUUUUAAAAACAUGAAUACCAAAUAUUAUUUCUGGGAUGAUGGCAAUGGAUUAAAAGCAAACAAAAACAUCACUCUAACCCUAUCUUAUAAUAUUAUACCAAAUGCUGGUCUUUUACCAAAUAUUUUUGCCAGCGGUAGUCACUCCUUCAAGUUUCCUGUGGAAUAUACAACAACUAGGAUGUAAUGGAAAUAAUUUAAUUAAUGUUUUUUAAAAUAGACUGUACUUUUUUGGGGGGAAAUCUACAACUAAAAUUUUGUUAUAUUAGAAAUGUUUUUUAUUUAAUUUAUCACCGAGUGUCCAAUGGUAAGAGCCUAGAAGUGAUACACUUAGUAAACCAAUCUUUUUCAAAUAAAUUUUAUUUAUUAUUGAAACAUACAUGAAGUACAUUUUCUAAGUAUGCAUAUGUUAAACUAAAAUAAGAGUUCCUUUAAGGGUUUGUAAACUUACAUUGAAGUUACAUUACAUUUAGCGUAAAGUUUAUUAUAGCUUAGGUUAGGAAAAUACAGUCAGAUAAUGUCCUUUCCUGCCCAUAGAUACUUUAAUGUUUGAUUAGAAUUUCACUGAUAAUUUUAUAUGUUCAUGAAUCUCUUUAUUUUUAAU